AGUCAAGCUACGCCCAGGAAGCGCGCGUGCGCAGUGGGUGCCGGUUCGUUCGCUCGCUCGCCAGUCUUCGUGGGAAGGAAGGAAGGGUCGAGGAGCGCGAAUGGGAGCGCGCAUGCGCAGUUGGAGCGCCGAGGGGAGUCCGUUGGAAGCCGCGCCGGUGCACCAGCCCACAGCCGCGGCUGCCAUGAUGCCCGCGGAAACCCCAAAACCCAGCAGCACCCCGAUGUUCGAGCCUCAGCUCCUCCGGGAUCUGGACUGGAGCCAGAACACCGUGGCCUUCUCCCCGGCCAUUUCGCCCAUGGAUCCUGGUGAUGGCCUGGUCCUGAGACCCCUUUGCUCUGCCGACAUCAACAGAGGAUUUUUAAAGGUUCUGAGUCAGCUGACUGAAAUUGGAGGUGUCAGUCCUGAACAAUUUAUGAAAACCUUUGAACACAUGAAGAGUUCUGGGGACUACUAUAUAAUCGUUGUAGAAGACACUAAUCUAGGCGAGAUUGUGGCAACUGCAACCCUGGUCAUAGAGCAUAAAUUCACUCACUCGUGUGCAAAGAGGGGAAGGAUAGAAGACGUUGUAGUCAAUGGAGACUGUCGCGGAAAACAACUUGGGAAAUUACUGAUGUCAACUCUCCGGUUGCUAAGCAAGAGACUCAACUGCUACAAAAUCACACUCGAGUGCCUCCCAAAAAACGUACCUUUCUAUGAAAAAAUAGGAUAUUCGAUAUCCGAAGAGAAGUACAUGUGUCAAAGGUUCUUCAAUUAACUGACUUCCAGCUGUCAUUCCCUGCAACAGACUUUUGGUGGAGGAGCUUCUGCGAUGUUCUUCGUUCUCAAGGAAAACAAAUUUGCUGCAAAGAAAGUAAUCACCUCGACAAAUACUUUGGUACUGAAGACAAAUCACUUUGGGUUUCCUUGGCAACAGCGGAACCUAUUCAAAGCUGUUUCCUACUGUGUGUACUACACACCGCUUUUUGCUAGCUGGGACUUGAGCAAAAUGCUGCAACGAUGUCGGGUUGGGUUUUUACCUGGUGUUUUUUCUCGCCUUGUAUUUUCCCCAAGAGAACUGCUGCUUUUUGUCGGCAGCCAGAUCGUGCUUGUAACCGAAACUGGACCCAUUUGUGCAAUUUUUUGGGUCACACAGGAAUGGAAAACACAUCUGUGCCAGAGUUAACUAUUUCCAUGUUGGCAUUAAGGAACUUCAUUUUUACAGGCCUCAGACGAUGCCUCUGGUGAUGACUCUCAAAGCGUGGGUGGUUUUAUUGGUCCCACGACUGUUUAACAGCGGGUGGAAACGGCUGCAGACAGAAUGAGCCUCCGCUUUCUCAUGCUGUUUAAUACCUCAAACCACGAGCAAAAACCUAAAAACCUGGUCGUGGAGCAUUUCACAAUUUUUAAAAGGUGAUGAGAGGCAAAAUACUGUAACCCUUGUGGCUCUGAAAACAUAUAGCACUGUAGAUCUUGCUGCUAUGAAAGUCUGUGAGAACAUACCUUUCCUGCUUAGAUUGUCAUCUCUUUUCUUUGCAAAAAAGCCAUGUUCUUUAGGAAUAACCCAUUCCAUAGAUUGCAUAAAUCCAAAGUUGGUCUUGCAGGUUUUUUGUGCUUAAACUUAUUCAUUUUUAUUACUAUUAUAAUAAACAAUCCAGCACUUCUUACCAUCAGAUGGUAACUAAGUCUACAGCUCUUCUCUUGCCAUUUCAACUGGAAAGGGGUUAUCAUAGUAUAGUUUCAGGGAAAAUGAAGGUUAUUAGAGAAGGGUUUUAUAGUUGAGUAAUUAGCUUUAUAAAAUAUUAUGGAAAGGCUGCUUUAAGAAAGGAUUUCGUUUCCUGUGUUUUGGGGUACUCUUGACUUUUUGGAAGAUGUUUAAGUUUUAUUUAUUUUUUUAAAAGCAUUGUCAAAUGGAAAUAAACAGAAAAUGUGUUACGGUACAA